UGGCUUAAUACCAGUUUUCCAUCAAAUUCAGGUGCAGGGCUUCGCCGGAAAAAUGCAUUGCUGGUUAUUGCCCAUCCUGAUGAUGAGUCUAUGUUUUUUACUCCAACAAUUAAUUACCUUACUUCCAGGGGCCAUAAUCUACACAUUGUGUGCAUCUCAACUGGUAAUGCAGAUGGCAUGGGAAACAUCAGGAAAGAAGAGCUCUAUCAGGCUUCUGCAGUCCUCAAGGUUCCACUCCAACAAGUGAAGAUCUUGGACCAUCCAAAUUUGCAGGAUGGUUUUGGCAAAGUAUGGAGGUGUGAUUUAUUGGCAAGAAUAAUUGAAGAGGAAAUUCUUAGUCAUGCCAUCGAUUUGAUUAUUACUUUUGAUAACUAUGGUGUUUCUGGUCAUUGUAACCAUCGUGACGUCAAUCAAGGGAUAGGGACUAAAUGAAGGGCUUGGGUGUUUGUUUGAGCUGGGAGGAAAUGACUUUGAGAUAUAUGACUCAGAGAGAAC